AUGAAAUUCUACUGGACGCUCAGUAUAUUUUUGUUAAUCAUAUUAAUAUUAAAUGAUCGACAAAAGCGUAAAACCAAAUGUGACCUGAUUACUGACCACGGCUACCCCUGUGAAGAACACACCGUUCUAACCGCAGACGGUUAUUUGCUGACAAUGUUCCGCAUCCCUUAUUCCCCGGUGGCGCAGAAUAAAAAUAUCCCAAAUAAACCACCUGUCCUGCUCAUGCAUUGUCUAUUCUGUUCCUCGGAUAUUUUUCUCUUAAAUGGACCCGAUAAUGGUCUACCCUUUAUGUUGGCGGAUUAUGGUUAUGAUGUUUGGUUGGGUAAUGUACGUGGGAAUAUUUAUUCGCAACGCCAUGUCGAACGAUCUCCAUGGUCUCUAUCAUUUUGGAAUUUUACAUUGGAUGAAUUGGGUCGUUAUGAUUUGGCUGCCAAAAUCGAUUAUAUUACAACCCUGACGGGACAACCGAAUUUACAUUAUGUCGGCUACUCUCAGGGUACUGCCUUGUUUGCUAUUUUACUUUCCGAAAUGCCUGAGUAUGGCGAGAAAAUCAAAACCACUCACUUCCUGAGCCAAGGUGCAUUUUUAUGUCAUCUCAAAUCGUUGCCGAUUUUAAGUCGUGCCGUGGUUUUGGCCAGGCCAGCAAUGUCGUGGAUGGGUAUAUUCUCCAGCCACUUGGUGGAUCGAUUUUUAAAUACCAUAGCCCCGCCCAUAUGCAAAUUGUUUGAAACACCCUGCAUUAUGAUCUUGAAUUUUGUUGCCGGCUGGGAUUCUCCGUACUUUAAUAGGACCCUCUUAGGUGACUUUUUGAGAGCAACCCCGUCCGUUGCCGGCAACCUUCAGACAAUGCAUUUCUUUCAAUCCAUAAUCUAUUGUGAAUUUCGAAAAUUUGAUUUUGGCCGUAGAGGAAAUAUGAAGCGGUAUGGACAACCCCAACCACCCAGCUAUAAAUUGGAGAAGAUUCAUCUUGAGACACCCAUCAAUAUAUUCUAUGCCGACAAUGAUUACUUUGUGUCCCUGAAAGAUGUCCAGCAUAUGUUCCAGAUUCUGGGGAAUCGCACGAAAUUGUAUCGAAUCCAAUAUCCAAAAUAUAAUCAUUUUGAUUUGGUAUUGGCAACAAAUGUCAAAGAAGUUAUCAACGAUUGUAUUGUGGAUAAAAUUCAGGAGUAUGAGCGGCGUUCGUUUAAUGAACUUAAAAAUAUUUAA